AUGUCCUCUACUGGUGUCUCUCCUGAGCUCUGGCAUCGCAUUCCUUUCGAGGUUUGGACUUCCACUUUCUACUGCCUCUCGGACCGUCGAGUUGGCAUUGCCAAUUGUCGCCUCACCUGCCGAGCCUUCAACACAGCAAGCUCACAAUUCCUUAUCACGCGAGUCGUAGUUGCCAAGCGGUCAGAAUCGCUACAACAAACCGUGGACGUCUUGGAGCACCCCUUUUUCCGACAACAUGUGACCGAGCUGGUGUACGAUGGAACUUACUAUCUUUUUCGGCGCGCCAACAAUAUUCACAAAUACUGGCGCUCUCGCGAUGUCCCGCGCAAGCUGCGCAAAGGAGCCCCAGAGUUCGAGGAAACGUGGACGCAACUAUCUGGACGAGUCAGCAAGGGAAUGAGUGCACUCGGCAGCCAUUAUGCCAGAUAUCCUUCAAAUUUGAGCCUCCCUCUUGGCUAUCACAGCAGCUUCAUCGAGUACUCCAAGCGGUGGCUGGAUCAGGAGCAUAUACGUCACCGAACGCUGCCCCUCGCUGUGCUCCAAAUGUGCCUCUCUCAGUUGCCCAAGCUUCGAACGGUGACCUACACGGAUUAUCUAUAUCUUGCACUAGGUAACGAGGCCUACGAAGCUCUGCGUACGCGCCUUUUUGGGAGUGUGGCACCGCCAAGGGGUAUUGACUUGUCGUGCGAGAAGGAUAUGGUCGAGUUCUUGCAGAUGAUGAGGAUCAUUAGAGAUACGCCUGGAGCUCAGAUUCAGAACCUUGGCAUCGGAUCAAUUCGAUCAAAGUCUCUGGCCAUUGUCCCUGAGCCGGGCGCCUCUCCAUCAAACCAGAAUUUCUGGUCGUAUCCCAUGCACUUUGGCGUACCAUGCGUGUUUCUACCCUAUACCGAGGAGGACGAGGCAUUGAGGAACCUUGCCGAUGAUGACGGCGAUCCAAUUGACGAUGAUAUCGCACCUACAGCGAAAAGCCUUGCGAAAGAGCUGAACACCCUGACCAGCCACAAAAAUCUGAAGCACCUUCGGAUGCCCGCGAAAGUCUGGCUAGCGCGUGACUUCGGUUCCCUUCGACCGGAAGUGCUCGUGCCCAAGUCGAACAUGAUGUCCUUGCUGCGUUCUUGCGAGUCGAGCCUCGUAUCUCUUCGACUUUGUGCCGUUUACGACCGGUCCGAUUUGUGCAAUGCCUGGCGCCCAGGUUUCAGGGAGGUUGCCGUGCGGUUCUUGACGUGUCUUCUAGAUGGAUUGUCUUUCAGCUCGUUGCAACAUCUCGUGCUACAGGACUGGUGGCUCCCUGGGGACGAUUUUCUGAAGGAGUUUCUUUCCCGGCACUACCGCGCUCUCGGGGAGGUCCGACUCGUUAACUGCGUAGAAAGCCAAGAUGGGGAUGUAUUCCAGCUGGGGGAAUGGGUCGGACAGAACAUGAAUCUAAAGGGGGUGGAACUUGACCUCUGGCGAGACCUUCCUUUCACAGCCGGACUGGCAGACAUGACCACCAACGACGCUCAUCCGUCGCCCUUUCCGUGUUAUGCGACGAUCCCUGACGGUGUCCCCUGUACACCUGGCGAACCGGAUGAUCGACCCCGAAAGACAGUGCUUUCACCAGACCCUAGAGCACGAUCAUUGGAAGUGCUAUGGCUCGCUGGUCGGACUAACCACCUGUGUGUUUCUACGAGGCCGCCACGCCCUAACAGCGCCGAGCAUUGA